AUGCAGCAAGAAGAUAUCAACACAUAUUUUGAUAGUUUAAGAAAUUCAAUACGUGUUUUUAAUGAGGGAACAGAAGAUACACUCACAAUGAUUACAGAACCAUUAUUUAAAUCCACAAAUUAUCUUCCAGAUUGGGAAGGCGUCGAUUUCACAAAGUCUAAUUUCAGAAUUGCUAAACACGGUGGUAUGAUGGCUGUUAUUAAUACUGAUUAUGUCAGUAUGGGCGAUUAUAACCCCGACAUUCGUCUUUUCAGCACUGAUUUAACACUUGUUUCAACAAUCAGACUCCCAUCAGGUCGUAACCUUGCAGAUUUUUAUUUAACACCAGAAGAAACAUUAAUUCUCUUAGAUACAACUGGCAAACUUUAUAUCUACAACCAAAGAGGCCAAAUUAUCACAACUAAAGAAGUUUUCGAAGAUCAGACACUUACAGCAACAUACGCUUGCUUCUACGAUACAGGUGUUUUCGUUAUCUCUCAAAUGGGAGAUGUAUAUCUCGUUGAAGACUUCACAAAGAUGACUGUUUCUCAAUUUGGCCACAUUCCUUACUCCAUCAGUGCUCUUGCUGUCGUUCCUCCACACUCUUCCAACGAUCAGAGCUUUGAUGUCGCAUUAUGGGUCGCUGCCAUCGAUGUUAAUGCACAAGAAGAGAACCGCGAUAGACUACUUUGUAUCCAGCGUGAUCUUGACAUGAUAGAUACCCAAACAACCCAGCAUUUCCUUCAAAUGGUUGUCAGCCCAUCAAAUGAUUUCGUUGCAGUUGUUGCCUGCCUCGGAAAUGACUACGACAACAAGAGUAUCUUUUUCUACAGUAUCGAUUUCUCACAAUGCCACGCAGAACUCCAAAUCGGAAAUAUUACGAAUGAAUUCAAGAUGAACUGGUGCGGUUUCGGAACCCUUCUCCUUACAGUUCCAACCCAAACGGACACAGGAUUUGGCCGCAAUUUCAAGUUAGUUCAGGUCGGAUUGACACAAUCUACAUUAACCUGGGAUUUUGAAGGCGGCUUCGUUGUAGCGACAGAGGUUGAUGGCGCAAGAAUUAUUACACACAAGGAAAUCCUUCUUCUUCGUAAUGUUCCUGAUGAUAAUGGCGUUUUAUCAUUUAUUACGGACAAAUCGAAAACAAAUCCAGGCAUGAAGCUUUUCACAGCUGUUACAGACCGCAGAGUAUUCGCAACUACCGAUCCUCUUAAAGAUUUCGAAGAUACAAUGCAUGACGCACUCAACCAGUGCCUUGCCGCCUCCGAAUUCUUCACAGACAUCAAGAUCAGGCACUCCUUACUCGAAGUUGUCGCUAAAAGUAAGUACGUUGACCCAUUAUUUGAAGUAUCAAAAUUCGGAUUUGCGAUUGAAGGCAUCAGGAUAUGCGAUAACAUGUCACAAGCACCAAUCUUCAUGCCUCUCACUCCAGCACAGCUAUCCGCAUUACGCAACGACCGCUUAAUCGUUAGAUUAUGCAAUAGAUACAAACAUAUCUACGCCAAAGCUGUUGCAGAUUAUAUCGGAGAGAAGACUGAUGCCAUCUACAGCCACUGGUCACGCUGUGUUGUCCGUUCUUCAGCUCCUCCCCAGAAGAUUGUCAAGAUCUUGAAAGAUUGCUCAGCCAUGUAUGGCGGAGUUGCAACAAUCGACUACAUCGACCUUGCACAACUCGCGUACGAACUGAACAAGUCCAAUCCAAAGUCCAGGAAGGACGAACUCGGGAGAUUACUUCUUGAACAAAACACUGUUGCUUCCAGAAGAGUUCCUUUGCAUAUCCAGAACGGAGAAUGGGAGCAGGCCAUCAAAGCAGCCAUAGAAUCAAACGACGAGGCUCUCUUAAUCUACGUAAUCAAGAGAGGUCUCGAUCACAAACAAGAUUCUUUAAUUUAUGAUUGUGUUGGAAAAAGUGACAUCGCAUUGGCCGCCUGGUUAAUGGUUAAACCAGAUGAUCCGGAUAACAGCAGACUAUACGUGAAUGCAAAGCGUCCUAAGGAAGCUGUUAACCUUCUCUUCGAAAAGGCCGUGAGAGAAGGAAAACCAAUGGAUUCUGUCAUCCAAUUUGCCAAAUCUGUCAAAGACGAUUACGGUGUCACAGUUGCUAACACAUACAACGCGGUACAGAAAGCAUGCAGAGAGUUAGGAAUCACUGGUAAUGCUAUUGAUGUCAUCGAUAAGUAUUUGGACCAAGGAAACUUGUCUGCUGCAAAGAGUUUCGCCAAAUCAGUCAAUUUGGAACAGUUGGAUAUAACAUGGAGAGCUGCACAGCGUUUUAUUAAGAAUCCAACAGUUGACGCUGGAUUAAAUUUGGUUAAAGAAUUCAAAGAUAACGAUGACAGAGUUUUCAUCGAAAUGAUUGCAGAUGCAGGUGUUUCUAAGGAUAUCAUUAAUCAGAUAGUUAACAGUGUUGCACCUGAAACUAGAGAAUAUCUCUUGGAUAACAAGAUUAUCAAAUAA